AUGACCGAGGCCAUCACUCAGGACACGGGUGCAUCGGCUAAAGUCAGGGCCGUCAUUCCGACCAUGGCCAAGGUCGUCACUCUGGACAUGGGUGAAACCGGGUUGCAAUCAAGGCCGUCACUCUGGACAUGGGUGAAACCGGGUUGCAAUCAAGGCCGUCACUCUGGCCAUCGCCAGGGCCGUCAUUCUGGGCACAACUGUGGUUGGGUGAAGCCAGGACCGUCACUCCGGCCAUGGGUGCAACCGAGGUGCUAA